AUGCACACCAAGUCUGCCCUCAUCUUGGCCCUCCUCCCGGAGCUGCUGGCUGCUCGCUCUGUUGCCAAUGCCCAUUCCCGUCGCAGUGUGAGCUGCAGCCUCUCCACGGGUGCUACCGCAGGCGACACGUAUGAUAGCUUCGCCGGCAAUUGGGGUGUUUCAGUAGAUGAGCUUAAGUCCCUGAACCCAGGCCUUGACUGCAGCAACUUCGAUGGCAGCAAGGAGUACUGUGUGCUCGGCACCGUCGAGGAAGAUGAGCCUAGCAAGACCACCACAACUUCCAAGGUGGACAAGACCAUCUCUACUUCUACCUCUAUGGGGUCCACCCAGCCUCCUAGCACCACUACUGCCAACGACCACGAGCCUACCCAGCCUGGUCUGGCCGAUAAAUGUGACAAAUCUCACUUGGUUGUUGAUGGCGAUAGCUGUGAAAAAAUCCAGAAAGAUGCUAGCAUCAGCCAAGCGCAGUUCUCCAAGUGGAACCCUUACAUCAAUGAUAACUGCGACAAAUACCAUAAGGCUAUCUCUGGGGACCAGUGUGAUACCAUUGAGACCAACAAUCAGAUCACCGACAAGCAAUUCCGCAGCUGGAACCCUGCUAUCGAUGAUAAGUGCUCCAACCUCGUUCUCGUUCUUUUCGUCUGUUUCCAUGUUCCUAAUGCUUCUAGCACCCAUGGACCCAUGCUGCAGAUGCCCAGCCUCGAUCAGAAAUGUAAGAAGUACCACAAGGUUGGUGAUGGCGAGGGCUGUUAUCAAAUCAACCAGGAUGCUGGCAUUACCCUCAGCCAGUUCCGCAAGUGGAACCCCACUGUUGAUGCCCAGUGCAGCAACCUCUGGGCUGGUUACUAUGUUUGCACUGGUGUAUAA